AUGACCGACAUUAAUCGCAGCACCAAACAGCAAAACUUUCAGCACAAGCACAACGGGCAAAUCGACGCACAAUCGGAGCAAUUCACGCCGGGUCUAGUGCUAUCGUCGCGAGGCCCAAACGAGCAUAACAACACUGCCAACAACGGCACCGGAAGCACCUCGAGGGGUGGCUCGUUGAAACGCAACAAUAGCCAUCAUCAGCGGACGAAAAAAUCCCAGCAUGCCAAUACGAUCGAACGAGGGACCAACAUCGGUGGCCACAGAAAUCCCGACCGGAGCGGGGGCACCGCGGACGGCCAUUACCAUCUCCACCAGGGCGGAACGGGCGGCACGAGAUCCGGCGCCGGUUCCGGUCUGGCGCAGAGCUGGAGCUCCCAGGCGCAAUCGACGUCGGCUGGAGGUGUCGGUACGCCAACGCAGACGCCGGCCGGACCGGACGCUGGCAGCACUGGUCGGCCGCCCGGGAGUACGAGCUCAGGAACGAAAUUAAUAUCGACCAUCAAAACGGAAGAAACGCUCGGGGAGGAUUUUAAACGCUUCCACACGCUCCGCAACAGCUACGGUGGGAAAUCCAAUUUAAAUGUAAAUAACACCGAUCAGACGAUAAAGACGCAGGUCCUGCUACACCAGCAGAAGCUCCGCGAGUAUAGUCGGCAGCAGCAGCAGCAGCACGUGGACAACGACAGCUACUCGACCUGCUCGUCCUCGCAAUCCGAUUACCAGCAUCCCCAGCACAGCCAGUCCCAUCGCCACAAGCACCAUACCCACCAUCGCCAGCAUCAUCAUCAACACCACCAUCAGCACACACAACAACAACACACUCAACAACAACAGCCGCAACCGCCUCAAAGCACCUAUCCUAUCUCAGCGACGGUCGCGGCGACGGCCACACUCACUCGAAGCGGCGGCGUCGGUGGUGGCUCGAUAUUGAAAAAUGCCACCAACACCAUCGGCCACGGGGAAGCCUCGGCGGGGGUCGGCGGGAACCGGAACAGCCUCCGGUGUGGCCCCGGCGGAUUAAGCACUCUCUCGCUGUGCAGCUGUGAUGCGGAAACGGAGAUAAUACCGAAUCCAUUAAGGCCAUUAUAUCAGUACAGCCUGGACAGGAAAAAUCCUCGCCAGCACACGUACACGUGCGAGCAGAACGCACAAAUACUGCUAAGACUGGAGAAGGACCGCCAGAGGAAGUUCGGCUCCAUGGGAAAGUUGCAUCUCGCCACGUCGACCGGCGACCUCAGCAUGGCGGCUUCGGCAACGCAACGCCACCCGAGCAUUACCGGUGCAUCCGUUCCGGUCUCUUCCGUUUCCACGCCAACGCCGACACGGUCCGGAAACGGUCCGAAGGGAAACACGUGUAAGGUGGCGGCGACGGUAGCGGCCAACGUGCUCACGUUCGACUGCCAGCACGGACCACAGUCCCCACGGGGAGGUGAUAAUUAUGCGGAGGACGAUUCGUACAGUGAAGACAUGAUACCUCCACCACCUCCCCCACUCAACCGAAGGCCUUCGUAUGGAUAUGGCUGUGGUGUUGUGCAGCAACCUGUUGCGCCGGAACCGGGGCACGGCGAGCAUCGGCAGCCAACGAUGCACGAGCUCAGCUCGUCACUAGGCAACCGGGAAGGCCUAAUCGGAAACGGAAGUUACCAGCCCGCCAUGAAUCAGCCGGAUCUUUUCAACUUUACCUCGUCGCACGACGCUUCCCGAGGUGGGACGCUAAAAUCAACACUGAAAUCUGGCAAACCGUUGGCAAACAGUAAGGGAUCUUCCACCGUCGCCGGAACCGGUGCUAAUGCCAAUGGAAAGUCAAAGCUGAAUACCGAGCCGCUUCCGGUGAUGAUGGUGGACCUGAUGAAUGGUAACGUCACCGGUGCACCCUCCGGCGCGAAUGGAAACGACCAUGACGCACUUGGAGGUGAGCCAACGAAACCGUAUCCGCCUUACUACUUCGACGACAACUAUCUGCACCACCACUACUACGCCGGCGAGCCGACCGAGCUGCCGCUUAAGGACGCGAUGGACGGUGGGCAUUUGUACCAGCUUUACCAGCACCACCAUGGUCACCACCAUCCGGUGGAACCGGUCAGCGGCGGAGGUGGAAUGUACAUCCCGAGAUACGAAGGCCUCGGAGGUUUGCCCACGAAGUACAACACAAUUGGAGCGAACGGACACCUACCGGUGGGCGCCACGGAUUUCCCAUUGGGCGGCCACUUCACGGGUCUCGGAAGUGACGGUCCGUUUCACCACCAAGGACCCGGUAUGGGGCACCACGCCAGCACCUGUAACGUGAACCAGACGUACCAGGCGGGCUCGGCCAAGAGCAACCUUAUCGCGUCCCACCACUUCUCGAACUCACUCAGCAACUUCAACUUCAACCCGUCGCAAUACUUCGGAUCGGCGCUGGAUCCUCCCCCGGGUACCACCAUUAUCCCCGGUGGUCUCGGAGGAGUUAUGGGUGCUGGCGAUGGAUUUCCUUCCUCGUGCAGCCUCAACGGAACGCCCAAUAAGCUUCAGCCAGCUCAUCCUUGGAAGCAUCGCCAGUGUCCCAGUCGGGGUUCCAGCAGCACCGGCUCGGGAUCAUCAAAGUGGGAUCUACCCUCAAGGCAGUGGCUUGCGGUGACCUCCAUCCUGCUGAUAGCGGGGGCGGCCGGGGUGGCCGUCCCAUUCGCCCUCAAGGUGUCCUCCAGCGCCCCCCUGGAGGAGCGGCUUCAGGUUGCCACCCAGCUGCUCGAUACAGUGCCUUUAAUCGAUGGCCACAACGAUCUGCCCUGGAACAUACGGAAAUUCCUGCACAAUCAGCUAAACGAUUUUCGGUUUGACGAUGACCUUAAGUCGAUAUCACCCUGGUCGAAGAGUGCCUGGAGCCAUACGGACCUGCAGCGGCUUAAGCGGGGUCGAAUUAGUUCUCAGUUUUGGGCUGCGUACGUACCAUGUGAAGCUCAACAUAAGGAUGCAGUGCAGAUCACGCUGGAGCAGAUAGACGUAAUUAAAAGACUGACAGAGCGUUACUCACCGCAACUGACGUCUUGUACAUCGGUUUAUGAUAUCGUGCAGGCGCACAAAAACCGUCAAAUGUGUUCCUUAAUCGGCGUAGAGGGUGGCCACUCGUUGGGCGGAUCCCUUGGCGUGCUACGCAUCUACUAUGCACUGGGCGUCCGCUAUAUGACCCUCACCUCGACCUGUCACACGACGUGGGCCGACUCGAGCAGCGCGGAUGCACCGAAAUAUGACGUCCGGCACGGUGGCCUCACGGCCUAUGGCAAGACUAUCAUACGGGAAAUGAACCGGCUGGGCAUGAUAGUGGACCUGUCCAAGUCAUCCGUCGGGACGAUGAAGGAUGUCCUAGCGACCUCACAAGCUCCGGUCAUCUUUUCCCACUCGUCCGCCUACGCGCUAUGCAACUCGAGCCGGAACGUGCAGGACGAGGUGCUCGAGCUGGUGACGCGGAACCGCGGCCUGGUGAUGGUGAACUUUUACAACAAGUUCCUUCGGUGUAGCGAGAAUGCAUCGGUUCUGGAUGCCGCAGCACACAUCAACCACAUUCGCCGAGUUGCCGGAGUUGAUCACGUAGGGCUGGGAGCCGGCUAUGAUGGUAUAAAUUUCACCCCGAAAGACCUGGAGGACGUCUCGAGCUAUCCGCGCCUGUUUGCCGAACUGCUCGGCGACGGCUGGACGAUCGAUGAGCUGGAAAAGCUGGCCGGCCGCAAUCUGCUGCGGGUGUUCGAGGACGUCGAGAAGGUGCGGGACAAGCAGCGACUUGCGGGGGUGCGACCGUACGAGGACAUUCCACCGGUCGUUCGACCCGAGGAGCACAUGAACUGCACGACGAAUAGUUAAUGGACCACCGAGGAGGUCAAAGUGGCAUCACUCGACAGCGAGGGUAACAGCGAGACGCUCGAGGCUUGAUUGGCUCCAUCUGGUUUCCCUUUGACCGAAAAGAGGGGGUUUUGACAAUGGAACGGUGAAACAACUUGCCACAAGAACCACGAAUGUGGAAAAUGAUCGGUGCUAACGCAUGCUGCCAAAAAAAGCACCAUUCGAGGGCACAAAAAACCUCAUAACCUGAUAGUAUUAAGCGAAAAUGAAAUGCCUUUUGGAAGUCGAACGAUUUUUGUCACACAAUCAUCAAUCGCAUGUCGAAAGAAAAAAAAGAAAGAAAUAAAGUAAAAUUAUAU